AUGCGUCUGAUGGAUCGGCAGUGGUGCAAUCCCUUCGUCUGGGGCAAGGACCUCUCGAGCAUCAGCAUCAACGGCCACUACCACCACGGCCGGGCAAGCAUGAAUAAUAGAGUCCCCGUGCAAAAGCCAGGCGGCGUGGUGGAUGCGUGCGGUUCAGACGCUUCCGUUGGCGUCACCGUCCAUAACCCAACGACGGCUGGGAGGAGCUCUCUAGCGUCCUCUCCGUCGGUGAGCUUCGGCCGCCGGGCAGAAUGGAUUCGAUUAUCUGGCUCCCGUCGCCGUACCGUGUACGUAAACCCUCUGACAACGUCGCCUCCCAAGGCCAGGGUCCCUCGGUCGUACAAACUCUUGCAGACGUCUAGUUGGGUUCAUUUCACAUCAGGCCUUUGA